CUGCACACCCAACUCCCGUCAGCUUCAGCAUCCUCCCUUUUAUGAGCAUUCUCCUCCGUGUCGGAUUUAAUAGGUUCUUCUAUUGCUCCGGUGUCUACAUGACAGCCGUUUAGGAUUGCACGUACAGUCAACAGAAAGGAACACCAUGGCGAGAAACCGUAAAGACAGAGACAGCUGGGGGUCCUUCACAGACAAAGCCGCAUACGACUGGAGCUCGGAGGAGGAGGAGCCUGACGGAAGUGCGCGGCCCAUCCAGGUGCUGGUUGUCAAGGACGACCACACCUUCGAGCUGGACGAGGCGGCGCUGAGCCGGAUCCUAUUGGCCGAGGAGGUCCAGAACAGGGAAGUGGUGGCCAUAUCUGUGGCCGGGGCGUUCCGCAAGGGCAAGUCCUUCCUCAUGGACUUCAUGCUGCGUUACAUGUACAGCCAGGCAUCUGAAGAGUGGCUGGGGGAGUCAGAGGAGCCUCUGACAGGGUUCUCCUGGAGGGGUGGAUCUGAGAGAGAGACCACCGGGAUUCAGAUCUGGAGCCAAGUCUUUCUGGUGGACAAGCCAGAUGGACGCAAGGUGGCCGUUCUACUGAUGGAUACCCAGGGAACGUUUGACAGCCAGUCUACGUUGAGGGACUCAGCCACUGUGUUCGCACUAAGCACCAUGAUCAGCUCCAUGCAGGUGUACAACAUCUCCCAGAAUGUCCAGGAGGAUGAUCUUCAACACUUACAGCUCUUCACUGAGUAUGGCAGACUGGCCAUGGAGGAGACGUUCCUUAAACCAUUCCAGUCCAUGAUAUUCCUAGUCCGGGAUUGGAGUUUCCCUUACGAGUUUGGCUACGGACAGGAAGGAGGCAUGAAGUUCCUGGAGAAGAGGCUCAAGAUCUCUGAGAAUCAACACGAGGAACUGCAGAACGUUCGUAAACACAUCCACUCCUGCUUCACCAACAUCUCCUGCUUCCUGAUGCCCCACCCCGGACUCAAAGUGGCCACCAACCCGAACUUCGACGGCAGACUCAAAGAGAUCGAUCGUGAGUUCAUCAACAACCUGCAGAUCCUGGUCCCGUGGCUGCUGAGUCCCAAGAACCUGGAUGUCAAGGAGAUCAACGGCAGCAACAUCACCUGCAGAGGCCUGCUGGAGUACUUUAAGGCAUACAUCAAAAUCUACCAGGGUGAGGAGCUGCCACACCCUAAGUCCAUGCUACAGGCCACAGCAGAGGCCAACAACCUGGCAGCAGUGGCAGCAGCCAGGGACCUGUACAACAAGAAGAUGGAGCAGGUGUGUGGUGGGGACCGGCCCUUCCUGGCUCCGGCAGAGCUCCAGGCCAGACAGAGUGACAUCAGAGGGGAAGCCCUCCAGGUGUUCCGAGGGGUCAAGAAGAUGGGAGGGGAGGAGUUCAGUCGACGCUACCUGCUACAGCUGGAGGGAGAAGUGGACGAGGUGUUCGUUCAGUACAUCAAGCACAACGACUCCAAGAACAUAUUCCACGCCGCCCGCACCCCGGCCACGCUGUUCGUGGUCAUCUUCAGCAUGUAUGUGGUGGCGGGCAUCACAGGCUUCGUGGGGGUGGACAUCAUCGCCAGCGUGUGUAAUAUGAUUCUGGGCCUGGCGCUGAUCACCCUGUGUACCUGGGCCUAUAUACGCUACUCUGGGGAGUACCGAGAGCUGGGCCAGGUCAUCGACCAGGUGGCUGGAGCCCUCUGGGACCAGGGAAGCACAAAUGAGGCUCUAUAUAAGCUGUAUACCGCUGCAGCCAGUCACAGGCACCUGUACCACCAUGCGUUCCCUGGCCCCCAGGCCCCUGGAGAGACGAUUAAGACCCCUGAGGAACCCACCAGGAAGAGGAACUGACCUGGUGACCUGAUUGGCCAGAGCACAGCAGGGACUGCUGGGUAUCUCUUCAGUAGCAUGAUGGAUAGAGAGGGGGGGAGGAGGGGGAGGCAUCCUCACCCGUUGGACACUCUUUUACUAUGGUAUUGGCUGGAACAGUCCAGUGAAGCAUUCACUAUUUUAAAUCUAAAUGUGGACAAUGUAAUGUCCCAGAGGUAGUGGCAACAAUCUCCCUUUGAACUGGUUUGCUUGUCCCAUUGCCUUCAAAAAAUAAUGGGUAUUUCACAUAUCAUUGUCUUUCACAAACCACAUUCAACCUUUUCUAUAUGUCUGUAAGAAAGACAUCUGUAAAUACACGCAGGACAGGAGGUGUACAGAUCACACUCCACAUGCAACUUCCUAUCAGCAGUUUGUUUUGGACCGAGGUGCAGUAAGUUACAGUUAACUGCGGAAUUCAUUGUGUUACGUGAGAUAGCAUGACGGCCGUCAGCCCUGACAGUUCAUCGCCGUCGCUUUAGAAUGUUAUCUGUCGGAAGACAAUGCUUCUGAUUUCACGAACGGAAGAUUUCCUUGAGUAUGCCAUUGAGGAGAAGUUUAAAUCAAAUUGACCUCUGACCUAUAACAGAACGGUGGUCCGUGUAUAUUGAUUUUCAUGUUUUAUCAGGUUAAGUGCUGUUUCUCUAUAAGGAAAUGAUUCCAUGUUUGAAAGCCAAUGGUUGUGUCCCAAAUGGCACCUCUUCCCUAUAUAGUUCACUACUUUUUUCUUUUACCUGGGCCCACAGUGCUCUGGUUAAAAGUCAUUUUAUUUUACUAGGUAAGUCAGUUAAGAACAAAUUAUUUUUUAACAACGAGGCCAAACUCUUACGACACUGGGCCAAUUGUGCGCCGCCCCAACUGUGAUACAGUCUGGAAUCGAACCAGGGACUGUAGUGACGCCUCUAGCACUGAGAUGCAGUGCCUUAGACCACUGUGCCACUCAGGAGCCCAGUGUGCUCUGUAGGGAAUAGGAUGUCAUUAGGGACACGUACAAAGACUUUGUUUAAAUAUACCUAUUUUUGUCAGCAUGGUAAAUAAUCAGUAUCUACCAUUUUAGGCUCUCCAAGCUUAACUUCAGUGCGCUAUAUUUCUUGACAAUUCACAUGUUUAGGGCUUGUACUUGACCUCGCACUUUGUUUUGUUUUUGUAAUAUAGGUACUGCGUGCCAAUGUCAUGCAACUACAGUUUCAUAUAGCUACGACAGCACUCGCACACCUGCUGCAUAAUGAUACCACUUGUUGGGCAGAACACAAUCAUCCAUUGUCUGUGGUCUAUAAAACAAACCCCCUCACACAUGUUUUGGUUUGGGGGAGGUGGGGUGAGCUGUCUGUGCUCCCUUAGUCUGUGUCCAUGAUGUCAGAGUGUCAUACACACAUAUUCAAAUAGGGCCCUAUAUUCAGACUUGAGAUAAGUUGACUUAAAAAUAAAAAAUGCUGACUUAAGUCCAUGUUCUCUGAAUCGGGCCGAUAUAGCCUAUGGUGUCUCUAUCGUCACACAUUUAGCCUGGAACAGAAUUGACUACCGGGGAUGAGAUUAAGAGUAAGUCACUGGGUAGUUUAGUAGACAUGGGCUGGCUGGGUGAGUAGGUUGUGAUUGCCUGGCUAGGUGAGUAGGUUGUGAUUGCCUGGCUAGGUGAGUAGGUUGUGAUUGGCUGGCUAGGUGAGUAGGUUGUGAUUGGCUGGCUAGGUGAGUAGGUUGUGAUUGGCUGGCUAGGUGAGUAGGUUGUGACUGGCUGGCUGGGUGAGUAGGUUGUGACUGGCUGGCUGGGUGAGUAGGUUGUGAUUGGCUGGCUGGGUGAGUAGGUUGUGAUUGGCUGGCUAGGUGAGUAGGUUGUGAUUGGCUGGCUGGGUGAGUAGGUUGUGAUGGGCUGGCUGGGUAAGUAGGUUGUGAUGGACUGGCUGGGUGAGUAGAUUGUGACGGGCUUGCUAGGUGAGUAGGUUGUGAUUGGCUAGCUAAGUGAGUAGGUUGUGACUUAGUUAGAGGUAGACAGAGAAAUGUAAAACAUUAUAAACAGUUUCACUACAGUUGUCUGCUUCUUGAACAGUUUGGUAAAUAAAUUAUGAUCUUUUAAACUGGAUAAUGAAGGCUGGGGGGGAAUAGAUGUAGUAGAUAGUGAGGGCUGGGGGUAAGAGAUGUAGUAGAUAGUGAGGUAAUAUAUGUUAGUAGAUAGUGAGGGCUGGGGGUAAGAGAUGUUAGUAGAUAGUGAGGUAAUAGAUGUUAGGAGAUAAUGAGGGCUAGGGGGAAUAGAUGUAGUCAAUAGUGAGGUAAUAGAUGUUAGUAGAUAUUGAGGUAAUAGAUUUUAGUAGAUAUUGAGGUAAUAGAUUUUAGUAGAUAUUGAGGUAAUAGAUUUUAGUAGAUAUUGAGGUAAUAGAUUUUAGUAGAUAUUGAGGUAAUAGAUGUUAGUAGAUAGUGAGGUAAUAGAAGUUAGUAGAUAGUGAGGUAAUAGAUGUUAGUAGAUAGUGAGGUAAUAGAUGUUAGUAGAUAGUGAGGUAAUAUAUGUUAGUAGAUAGUGAGGGCUGGGUGGAAUAGAUGUAGUAGAUAGUGAGGUAAUAGAUGUUAGUAGAUAGUGAGGGCUGGGUGGAAUAGAUGUAGUAGAUAGUGAGGUAAUAGAUGUUAGUAGAUAGUGAGGGCUGGGUGGAAUAGAUGUUAGUAGAUAGUGAGGUAAUAGAUGUUAGUAGAUAGUGACGGCUGGGUGGAAUAGAUGUUAGUCCAUUGUACAGAAAGAAGAGUGAGACCAUUCCCAGCUAGCACAUAACGGUCUGAGAACCAUAUGUUUCUUAGAUCUUGGUGAGAGCGUUGUCUUGUCCUAGUUAUUUCGCAUAAAACCUUCAGUGUUCUGGGAAUGGUGCAGGAUAUCCAGCUAGCACAUAACCAGAACCCUAUUUUCCUAUGUGUGAAUGUCAUUAAAUCAGCAUUACAUUAUUAUAUUUUUUAUACCUAUUUUUCAUGGUAUCCAAUUGGUAGUUACAGUCUUGUCCCAUCGCUGCAACUCCCGUACGGACUCGGGAGAGGUGAAGGUCUAGAGCCGUGUGUCCUCCGAAACACAACCCAACCAAGCCUCACUGCUUCUUGACACACUGCUCGCUUAACCCGAAAAGCCAGCCGCACCAAUGUGUUGGAGGAAACACUGUAUACCUGUGGUGACCGUGUCAGCGUGCAUUGCGCCCCGCCCGCCACAGGAGUCGCUAGUGCGCGAUGAGACAAGAACAUCCCUGCCGGCCAAACCUCCCCUAACCCGGGUGACAAUUGUGCGCCGCCAGAGCCUGGACUCGAACCACUGCGCCAGUUGGGAGGCCCAGCAUAACAUUUUCUACGGGUUUCCUCAUGAUUCUAUUUAAACUUAUGUUCUCAGAACGUUUCCAUAAAAAACACAAUAAAACAUUAGUAACGUUCAAAGUACAUUAUAAGAAUGUUAUUUAAAAACCUAUACAUUCCGUUCUCUGCGUCAACAAAACUCUCCCCUCUAUCUUGUUAAGUGUGUUCAGGGGUGUUGGCCACGCCUACUAAUUGGCCACACCUGAUCUUAAUGAGUGCUUGUUUGUUUUGAAAUGGGGUCUGUUUGAAUACACUCAAAUUAACAGCUUUGUAUGAGUUAAAAAAACAUGGCAUGCUAGCUCCAUCCUUGUGGCGCAGUGGACUAAUUCCACGGAUAGACAAUAGAAAAUCAUAGGUUAAAAUCUCACUGAUGCCGUGCCACAACAAAAACAGUUAACCCAAGCUAGCAGUAUUAUUAAAAGUCUUAUUGAAACAUGUUGUCAGAACGUUAUUUAAUUACCUUCAAAUAACCUAUAAUUUCCAUUCUCAUAAGGUUAAUAAAACCUCCCAGGAAAACUUUCAGGGAACCAUAGUAAAACAUUCUCAGAACCUCCCUGGAACCACAGUAAAACGUUCUCAGAACCUCCCUGGAACCAUAGUAAAACGUUCUCAGAACCUCCCUGGAACCACAGUAAAACGUUCUCAGAACCUCCCUGGAACCAUAGUAAAACGUUCUCAGAACCUCCCUGGAAACAUAGUAAAACGUUCUCAGAACCUCCCCGCCACAUAAAAAUGUACAUUCCCAGAACAGGCAAAAAUGUCACUUCCGUUCUCAGAACGUUUAAAAAAACGUUCCGUUUUACAGGUCAUGAAACUUAUGGGCACGUUCCCAGAACCAAUGGGAAAUCAAAAACGUAGGUUCCCACAACUUUUCCAAAGAACCAAAUGUGCUAGCUGGGAUGUUGUUGGUUCACAUUGAAUGGUAUAGCAGUGGAACAUUCAGAAUCAGAAUGAGUUCUAGAAGUACUGUACUGGUCAUUAAUCUGAGAAACCUGGUUUGAGAAAUAUCUUCCCCUCCCCUUCUUACUAGGCUGGUCCCAGAUCCAUCUGUGCGGUCUUAUCAACUCCCAUGGUCAAUGUCAUGCCACUGUGACAAUGACCAUAGGCGUCUAUCUGUCUAUCUGCACUACGGCACGGUAAAGAACCAGAGGGGUGUACGACAACACAGGAUCAAUGAGUUAACCAGGGACUUUGAUAAACAAACAGAAAUAACUGUGGAUUUCCUUGAUUCAAAGAAAAUCUAAUACAGUAUGUGUUUUUGGUUGUUGGUGUCAGUUAGGAAGAUGACCUUGAAAUGGGUAUAGUCUAAGUAAUAUAAAGUAUAUUUUAAAUUAUUCAGGCAAGUUAUCUGGCUAACUCCUUGAUUCUGCUGUGCGGUAUACCCUUCUGAAAAGCCACACUGUCUCCCAAACAGCUUGUACUCGUUAACCAGUAGUGGUUGUGUUAUUGUUGGGAACGCUUUUUCGUGUUUAUGCAAACAAUAUAUCAGUGGGCUUGGUGGACUGUUCAAAUGUGUAGAUUGUGUUAAAUUUGAUAAGAAAACAACUAUUCAUGUGUAUUACUACAGUUGAAGGAUCAUCGAUGAAAGUUAUUGUAUACGCAAAAAUAUAAACAGCUUAUUUUUCAGGGGGGGCAAUUUAGUUGUUGCUAUGUUUUAUGUAACCUGUAAGGUUGUUAUGGUUACGUGUCAAGCAGGAUGUCUAUAAAAAGUCUGACCAAAGAGGUUUGUACUGUAACAAUCUCCCAGAGAGAGCCAUGAACACGCUAGCCCUGGUCUGAGUCCAAAAUGGCCCCCCUAUUCUCUUUAUAGUGCACUACUUUCGACCAGGGUCCAUAGGAUUCAGGUGCCAUUUAGGACAGACACCAGACAAACACACAGCAGCAUCCAAGUGGUUUCUUCCUCAUGGUCUUCCACACUACAGUAUAAUGUAACGUCACCAUUCACAACAAGUCAUCGUCAUCAUUUUUUUAUUAAAAUGGGAGAGAAACCGUC